AGAAUCAAGAAUGCCAUACUCAAAAAACCCAUCAAAAUUUCCAAAAUCUUUGCCAAGGAAUCCGAAAUCCAUGGAUCCAACACCUCCUUAUCAUCGAUCUGACCCCAAAAGCAGAACCAAAUCGGCCUCAAGACUCUCAAAACUCCGCUACUACAACGAGCAAAACGAAGUAACAACCCCAAAUCUUUCUCUUGAAAUUGUCCCUUCUUCACCAACUAUGGCCUCUCCUUCACCUUCAAAGUCUCCUUACGGGCUUCCUCUUCACGAACUCCUACUUCUUUCGCCUUCUCCUCUAAGAAGAUCGAAAACCCGUCUCGCGGAUAGGCUUGAAAUGGCUGAUGAUGCAGCAGCUGCCGAGGGAAAUGGGGCUCGGAAGAGAUUCAAGAAUAGGAAUGCUUCUCUCGGAUUGCUGGCUCAUGCUUCUCCGAGGAAUAAUAGGCGGUCAAGGAGACGGUUGGAGCAAGAUAUGAGGGAAGAGAAGGAUUUUGGUGGUGGAGAAGAUAUGGUGGUGAAGCCAAGGAAGAAAAGGCAUAGUGGUGGUAGGUCUAAGAAGGAUAAGCUCAGUUUGGUCCCUUCAAUUCCGUCACCAAAAACAAAUGAUGAGUAUGAGUGUAAUCUGGAUGGGGUUAGGCAAGUGAUAAGUGACUUGAUUAUGUGGAAAGAUGUUGCAAAAUCGAGCCUUUGGUUUGGUUUUGGUUCACUUUGCUUCGUCUCUUCUUGCUUUACAAGUGGCAUCAACGUUAGCAUUUUCUCAGUCAUGUCUCAGCUGGGGCUUUUGUUUUUGGGAUUGUCAUUCUUCACAAACUCAGUCCGUCAAAGGGAUGGUAUUGGAAAUAACCGUGAAUUUAAGCUAAAGGAUGAAGACAUCUUAAGAGUAGGGAGAUUGAUACUUCCAGCUGCGAAUCUAGCAAUUUCAAAGACAAGGGAGCUGUUUUCAGGCGAGCCAGCAAUGACCCUAAAGGUAGUACCAUUCCUACUUCUUGGAGCUGAGUACGGCCAUCUUUUAACUCUACGGAGACUAUGUGCACUUGGCUUCUUUAUCAGCUUUACUUGUCCGAAGCUAUACUCCUCUUACUCGGUUCAGAUAUGCAGAAAAGUUAAUUAUCUACAAUCUUGGAUGUUGGAGAGAUGGAGAGCUUGCUCUCAUAAGAAGGUUGUGGCAGCAUCAGCGGUGACAGCUUUUUGGAAUCUGACAAGCAUCAGAAUCCGAAUCUUUGCAGCAUUCAUAUGUCUAGUAAUAGUUAGAUACUCUAGGCAACAUCAACAUUUAGAAGCAAAGGUUGAAGAAGAGGUCGAAGCAGCCAAGGAACCUGAGCAGGAGGAGGAGCUACAGCGGGCGAUGAUUGUUGUAGAAAAUGAGCCAAAGAAGUAAUGGCUAAAUCUGAGUACCUAAAGUCUUUGACUCUUUUCUACCCUUACUUUGCUUUCGAGCUGACCUGAAACUCUCUCCACCAGUCCCCUCUUGUCCAGAAAGCUGACUUGUGUAGCAUUGCAGUAGAGAUGCCAACAAGUAUUUGUAAACUUGAUCGUAUAAAUAAGAUAGUCUUGGCACUUCUGUUGUGUUCUAUUUACACAAUUAGCAACAUUGUAGCAUCUUUUAUUUCUGCAAUAUACAUCUAGCUAUAAUCCUUAGUAUUUUGAAA